AUGGAUGUUCCUAUAAAUAAUUUCAAAGGAGUUAUGUUAUGCAAUAGGCCAAAUGAGAAUGUAAUGAUAGUAAAGGAAAAGUAUCAUUAUGAGAAUAAUUCAGACCAUUCUGUUCAAGGGUCUAACCUUAUGAUUAAUGGGGAUUGACAAAAAAGUAUGAAGAACCAAAAGUUGUUGUACCUCAAACUAAUCCUGUAUUAGAAAGACAUAAGAAAUGGUUGGAGGAAUUCAAACUCUAAAAUUAGAUUAAGAAACAUGCUAAAGAAGAAUUAUAAGCAAGAGAAGAUGAGAAAUUUUUAAGAGUUAGAGAAUUAGCAAAGAAAGAUAGAGAAGUAACUAAAAAAAUGAAGGAAGAUUAUAAAUAAAUGAAUGAGAUUAUUAAAAAAGAAUUGUCAGAAGAAAUACCAAAAAGUAAAAAGUAAUAUAAUUAUAAUAUUAAUUAAGUGUGGAAUUAACAGCAGAGAAUCUUAAGAAAUUAGAAGAAAAAUAUACUAAAUCUGAUAGUAAAACAGGUGAUAAAAAGAAGAGAUAUAAAACAAAACCUGUAUGGGCAAUGACUAAAGAAGUAAUUAACAGUUAUAAAUAUUAAAUGUUAGGAAGAAGAGUAACAUGUGAAAAAUGAAGAAGAUGAACUCUUAAAUUUUGUUGAAAAUUUAGAUUAUGAUUCAUAUAUUAAUGAUUUAGAAGUAAUUAAUUAUAAUAAUUUAGGUUAAUGUUAUGCUCAAAGCUCUAUAAUAAAGAAUUACUGAAAUUAAAAAAUAAGAGUAUUAAUAAGAAAAAUCAAAUAAUCAACCAGAAUAAAAGUAAGAAUAAAGAGAACCUGAUAUUUAUGAUAAAAUUAGUUAAUCUUUAAGUAAAAAUGAUGAAGCAAGAUCUGUUCAUUCAGAAAAGACAUAAAGUAAUUAUAAUCUUUAAUUUAGAUUCAAUUAAUCAAUUAAAAAAGAAAUAAGAAUUAAUAGAAUAGGGUAAGUAAGAUUGGGAUAAGACAACUACAAAUGGAGAUUAAAAAGCAUCAUUGGAAGAUAGAAUUGCAAAACAUGUUGCUGAUGAAAUUCUUAAUCAAUAUAAAGUAUAGAUAGAAAUGGCACGUAUUAGAAUCUAUCAAAUAUACAUUCCAACUCUUCAAUCAGAAAAAUAUUAGAAAGAGAAGCCAAAAAGACUCUUAUAGAGACUGGUUUACCUGGACCUGUUAUUUCAGUAAUAAAAAAUGAGAAGAUGCCAAAAGAUCCAAAUACUUUACCUUACUUACAUCGUAAUCCAGCCAUUUGAU